CUCAUACCAAAGCACAAAGGACUAUCUCUGUAAUAUGAAAGAGAAAAUUUCUAAGCCUGAAAGGCCAGUUAGGUUUUAUACACGCGGGAAUUAGUGAAUUUUUGCCUUUUUAUCAAGAACUAUGGGAAUUUCGCAUUUAUCAAUAAUUUUUUUCUCUUUAUUCUAUUCAUUUUCAACAAAUGUCGACGGUUUGUAAGCGUUCUCAUCUGUUAUAUUCUUUACUCUUUUUCUUAUAAUUCUUUUUACUUCUUUAAAAACAUCGAUAGCUUAAUCCCUCUCAUUAAACUUUAGGAUCCUCAAAUCACUCUAUGACGCCAGCUAGAAUUGAUACAGAAACAACAUCACUACCAAAACCUACGGAUUUGCUAUCUCCUAUUCCAAAAGAAGAUGGAAAUUUUAGUUGUAUCUUUUUCUUCAUAAAAAUCUGCAUAAACAUAUUUAUUUAAUAUUUUCUAUUAGCUUUUAUUGCCCUUACCUCGGGCAUCAUUUUUGGCUUUUUAUGGAUUAUAGCCAUGACUGCAUUAAUAUGGAAAUGUAGGCAAAUAUAUGCAGAAAAGCAGGACAUCGGAUCAAAUACUCCAAAAAGACAAGUUCAAAGACGAAAUGCUGAAAAUAAUCAUAGCAAUGAAACGGAAUCAACUAUAACAGGACCAAAUUCGUCUAUGGGAUCUCAAAUAUGUCUAUCAGAGCCUGUACUUCAGACGCUUCCACCCUUCGAAGUAAUCGAUUCACACUCUAAUAGAAAUUCCAGUAAUAUUGAAGUAUUACCAAUUCGGGAAAAUAAUUUACCUGAGGCCCCCAGUUCACAUACAGAUACUCCUCCACCAAUUCCACCAAAGAUGGAUUUGGACAGUGAAGUUGAAUAUAUAAAUGACUGUACAAAUUUAGACAAUGGUGAACAACUUGGAAACUCUUCUUCAGAUAAUUUAUCCCCUCCAACUCUUCCCUUUCGCAUUCGAUCUCUUACGCCACCGCCUCUUCCAGUUCGAAUACAAAGUACUCCUGCAGAAUUUGGCAACCGACCUCCUCAUGAUGGUCGAUACGAAAACACGAACGAUUUUAGAGUAUUUAAAACGCGAACAGCUAAUCAGUUCUUACAUUCUCCCCAGAUAGUCUCUACUCAAUACUUUAGGAGCAAUGAGGAAGCGAAUCUAGAUCCAACUGCCAAACCCCUCAAUCAUGAAUUCUUUCAACCAUCAACACGAAAUGCUAGAAGUAGAAUUACUAAGUCAGUAAGGUAUCAGGCAGGGACCAAAGUGAGAAGUAGCAGUGCCGAUGCACCAGGGAGAAUUAAUCCCUUUUAUUUGCAAAAGACUCCCAUUGAAAUUAGUCCAAUGCCCAGACUUGGAACCUAUCAACCGCAGAUAUUAUCUACUGGUGGAUUAUUACCCAUUGUGGGAAAUAAUUUGACUGUGCACGUGCCAGUUUACUAUAAACCGAUUCCUGCAUUAAAUCAAUAAUAACAAGAACCUAAGGUACUAUAUUCUGUAUUCAUUUAAGCGUUCAACUUUUGCUAAUUCGUCAUUAUAAGAGAAUUCCAAGAAAAAAAUUCAAUUACAGCCUAAUUUAGAAAAUGCAAAUGAUACAAUUUGUUAUUUUCUCUCCUUUUUUUCAAUUUCCGUUUCAUAAAUGGAGAACUGCUAAAAAGAAAUUUUUUUUCCCAUUUCCGAGUAAAAUACGAAGAUACUCGUAGUAUUAUUCUUCUAUCAUCGUCAACUUGAGAUAAUUUCCCCUAAUUGACUAUAAAUAAAUGAAUGAAUGAAAGAGUAUUAAAAAAAUGCUGUAGUAGAAAAAGAAGGAUAAGAAUAUAGAAACAAACGAAAGAUAUAAAUUUAUAUAUAAAGCGUAUACAGUAUAUAUAAAUAUUAUAUUAACAAUAAAAAUAACUUGACCGAAUCCUAUUCAAACCAAUUCUUAAAGGUAAUAAAAUUU